GAUCGCAGUUAUAUGUUAUAUCACAGCUAAGAUAAUUAACCCUUUUAUUCAGUAGUUAAAUGUAUAUAAUAUGGUGGCGAUAUUUAAAUGGCCUAUCAGUAAGAAAUUUUUGACGUAUGAAUUGUCAAUUUUUUCCUACUUUCAAUCAAUGGUUAUUUCAGUAGUAAACUGCUCAGUGACUUGUCUGCUUUAUCACUUUCCAUAUAUGCAUCACAUUCCUCGCUAUCUGGUAUUUUUAAACCACAAGACUCUUUCUACAUUAAUCAGUCUAAUUAACUCCUUCUGGUCCCUGAAAGUGAUCACCAUGGUCAUUCUAGAAAGUAUCUCUACAUUCUGCAGUGACACUGUAAGGCGCUGCAUCUGCUGCAAAAAGCAGACGUCUGAACAGACAAGUGCAACACAAACAAUGUCAAAGACCACGAGCCCAAUAUGGACAACAGAUGCAGCAGGCUACAAUGGAACAUCAACCAUCACGACCCUAGAAGCCAUGUCCCCAGCAUGCACUGGCAUCCUUAAUCACAAUUUCAAGUCACCAGACUCAAAACAUGCUGCCAACUUACCAGAUGUUACUGCAGCUGUAUCCACGUUCCCAAUUGGAGGAAUGAAGUUGUUCUACCCUCAGGGUCAUCUGUGUGACGAUCAGCAAUACUACCACAAUUACAAAACAAUGCAUGAUGAGUGGUACUUCUCUGGCAGCUUCACUGAAGAUCCUCGCAGGUCAAAGGAAGUGACAGAACUGUAAUGCAAUUCACAUCAAGUACAAGACAAGCAGUAAAAUUUGCACUGAUUUAGUGAAAACACUUACACAUGCAAGGGAUGCACACACACUCACAAACACACAAUGAUAGCAAGCAGUACCAGAUAAUACCUUGUCCAGAUAAUGAACCUCUUUAAUAACAUAUUUAAGAAGAUAUGUUUCAGUCUGCAAGUUACUUAAUAUAACAAUGUAUCAACUGCAAAGGUUGUCUGGUGUCAAAAGGAGAUAAGUAAUAUCAUGCAUUGUGAAGUGGAGGGAAAAAAGCAGUAGUAUUGUCUGAAGCCAAUACCUAGGCAUAUGCUUGGUGAGACUGAAGAGAACCAUGAAAAUGUCAGUCAUUCCAACAGUUCAAAUUGAAAACCUUCAAACAUUAAGCACUGCACCUUGAAAAUGUCCUUGAAGAAUUUACUAAAAGAUUUUUAAAAUAAAUAUUUAAUUCUAUGUAAAUACUGAACAUCACAUGAUAAGUUUGUACAGCAUCAAAUUAAAUGAUACAAUAAUGUAGUUGAGUGAGGAGUUUUGAAAGGAAUUAUUUAUGCCAAUUUGAGUGUAUUCAUAUGGAAAGAUAAACAAGAACACUUACUUCUGACUGACCUCUUUUAGAGUGAACAGGAAUACAUAACCUCUAAAAUACCCCUACAAUCAUCAACCUCAAAUGUCUUUUGUGUUUGAAAUACUACAUUUUGCAUUCUCUAAUCUUAUCUCAUACACCUUUAAAUUGCUUUCUGUGACCCUGAAUGGUCACAAUCUGCCAGCAGAGCACAGAAACCAGUAUAAUACAGAAGUUGACUGUAAGAACCCACAGGUCACUAGAGCAUAUCUAACGUUAAUUCCUGCAUUAUAUCACAAGCUCGAACCCUGAAAUAUGAACA